AUGAAAAUAUGCCGAUUAUAACGAAAUAGAAUACUAUACCUGGCCUCAGUGGCCUCAGUUGGCGCAGCAAUCAUGUUGCGAGAGGAAGGAUGUUCACGUGUGCUUCUUUAUUUGUUAAUCGUCUUUCUUGUUAAUUUCUCCAAAGCAAGUUCGUAUGUACUGCGAGACAAUUGUUUGGAAUUCGAUGUGGUUGAGCUCGAGGAUUACUUGUCUCGGAAUAUUGAGAAUGUGCCGACGAUCGAUAUGAUGAUCGGUGGUUUCAAAUGUUCUGUCGCAGCUUUGCCCUUUGGUGCUUUGAAAUCGGACUGGGCAAGAUUACUGCUUCUGCAGAGAGCGCAACCAAAGGAUUCAAUUCUCUCGAAGAAACUAGGUCGUCUUUUCAGAAUCUUGGUGAUCGCUUAUUUCCAAAUAGAAGAACGUUACGAUAUUAUUCAAUCUGGAAUUUUGAGCAGCGUAAAUAACACUACGAAAAGAUACGAAAGAAAAGAAAUGAAGAGAUUCGACAACUCGACAAUCGAUUUAGGAGAAAUAAAUAAAAAUUUUACUGCAAAUACUUUUUUUGACGAUAAAAAAUCCAUUGGCACAAUUAAAAUCGAACGAACCACGAGCUUGGAUAUAACGAGAGAAAAUAAAGAUGACAAUUUCAAUACGACACGUAGUAAUAAUUCUUCGACAACCGUCGAAUUUUUAUCUAUUGAUAAUCGGAUGGUAUUUCGCUCGACAACCGAACGAUAUGAGAAAAAGAAGAUGGUAAAUAUUACCGGUUUUUCAGAUAUAAAUACCGAGAAAAAAAAUUACACAGAAAUAUCGAAAAACAAAUGUUGUACAGAUAUUUCGGGAAUAACGAUUUCUAAUUCAAAUCAAAAAUCAAUAAUGAAAAAUUCGAAGGGAGAAGGAACGACGAGAUCAGUUUUCACCACUAAAAUUAGCACGAUGAAAUCUGAUGGUCUGGAAGAACGUGAUUCUAAAAAAAUAAGCGAUAGAAGUGAUUUUCCUGUAUCGUACGAUUAUGUCGUUCAGUUCAAUUUAGAGAGAAUUGAAAAUGUAAAUAGUCUGGAGAUUUUCGAUGUAAAAACUACCAGCGAGCAAAGUCGCGUUUAUUCGAAUAAAAUCUCUACUAACUCGAGCGAAAGUUUUAAUCAAAGUCCUUCGAAUCGUCAAACAAACGACGUCUUCCAAGUCUUCGAAAAGAUUCCAUGGAAUUUCUCGAAUAAGCUGGAGAAACCUCCGAUUUAUAAAAAACUUAGAAAACCUUCGUUGGAUAACGACUUUUGGAAAUACAUUGUAAUUUCACGAAAUGUUAGUUUAACUACUCCUUUCGAACCGAAGAUAAUAUCGGAGAUUAAAAAUGCAGAUAAUAAAUCUAAAGGAAGUUCGACGAAGGAUGAUGAACAACACAGUGAUGAUCGGCAAGGUAUUCAUAUCGAACGCAACGGGAAGAAACACAAUGAGUAGAAAAUAAGCUUAUCAACUUUAUUCUUCUGAAACGAACAGGAGAGUUUUUUUUACGAAAAUACAAAAAACGAAUAGAAUAAGAAACGAAUCAAACAUUGCCUACCUAAUAAUAAAAUUGUUCGAAUCUCGCUUUAA